AUGCAUGCUGAGAAGAGAUGGCAAAUGUGGUUGAGUGUAAUUAUUCUACUCAUCACCUCCAGCCAGUGCAUGGACAGCUAUGACGGGAAACGGAAAGAGAAACGAACUUUGCUGGAUCUUGUGUUGUACGGGCGCGAGCUAGAGUCCCGGCGCGUCACGAGCGGUCUCUACUUUGUGUCCCACGACGUGAAGUUUUCCGCGCGUGAAAAGACUGCAGUCUUUCCCAAACGGGACACCACCAGGCCAAUAGAGAUUAUCCCAAGAGAUGUAAGCAUAAAAGACAAGUUCAUAAAGCAUUUUACAGCAGGACCAGUCAAGUUCUCAUCUGAGUGCAGGUUGCAUUUUCACAGAAUUUACCACAACACGAGGGAAUGUGGAAGACCAGCCUAUUACAAAAGAUGCGCCAGGUUGUUGACAAGGCUAGCGAUGAGUCCACUGUGUGCACAGCCAUAG